CAUCGUGUGCAUGGGCAUUAUGGGACUGUUCCUCUUCAUCACCAUGGCCGUCAUCUACAUCCACGGAAAAGAGGGGAGCCUGUCUCCGCUGGCGAAGGAUAUCUUUCUCCACUACAUGGCAAGGAUGUUACUUCUGGGAGAUCUCACCGAGGAGAAACAAGCCAACAUGGGCACCGGUAUCGGCGAGGAGACCCUGACCAACCAGCCUGCCGUAGAGAUUACCAACACCGCCUUUGAAGACAUGUCCGCGGAGGAUAGAGAAAGAGGCGCUGAAAUUUGGUUUCGGAGCGGUGGACACCCCGAGAUGUCCAGCCAGACCUCUAAGCCAGGUUCUCCGGGCUUCUCCAGACUGGAUGAGCUGACCAUGGCGGUGAAGAGAGGAACCGAGGAGCUGACCAAGGCGGUGAAAAUCGGGACGGAAAGGAUGGCCGGGGAGCUAGCAGAGAUGAAGAACGAGCUGACCGGCCGAAUGACCGAGAUGAAGAACGAGCUGACAGGGGGGAUGACCGACGUAAAGAACGAGCUGACAGGGGGGAUGGCUGACAUAAAGAGCAAGUUGGAGGAGCUGACCAAGGCAGUAAAGAACGAGGAGGAAGUGUCUGAUUACACCCUGCUGGCGAAGGUCCUGGACAGGCUGUGCCUUUUCAUGUACGUCAUCAGCAUCGUGGCAGCCAUUCCGAUGACCAUGUAUCUGAGCAGGUGAAGAGUAUCAGCAUGCUCGAAGGGAAAUGAUCAUGUGUAAAUAGAAUAAAUCUUAUGUAAGACCGUCUGCAUGUUCUAUGCUACAUAGCAGUUCUGUACUUGCAGCAUAAUUACUGAUGUACAUUUACUUAUUUACUUAAGAUUCACCACAAUACCAGGCUCCAAUCAUACGUUUUGGGUUACGAUACUGGAUUCUGAGGUCAGAUGUUUGCUUACCCUUGCAUUUUAGAUUGUACCUCUCGGGGAAGCAAUUCCGUAAAAGCUUGUUCCAUAACGAUGUUGUUCUAGGAAAGAGGCUGUCAGCGUUAAAGUUCCUCCUAAUAGGUGGAUUAUGGAAGAAAAAAGAUGCUUUGCUUCAAUGGAAGUGGCAAAAUGUGUUCUUGCAGAGAAAGCUCGUUGUGGAGGCACAAGGAAGUGAAGUUUUGCUGAUUAUUUGCCGUGGAAGUAGAGAUAGAGUAACGCCAGACUUGCUACAUUACGCCUUUGAGACAGGGGUUAUAAGGUCACUCCCAACAAGAUUCCGUAAGUGGUCUGUUCUCUGUUGAGACAGGUCAGGGAGUUCUGGGAAGCUGCAGCCCAGAUGUGAUAACAGUAUCCAAUUUGGGGCCUUA